AUGUCCGCCCCAGCCGCGCCUGGUGGGGCUCUUCCUCAGAGACGGACAGACCAAGUCCGUCUCCUCGAUGCGAUGGAUUCCCUCCGAUCUCUCGGUGUGGGUGAGGUCGCUGACCUGCCACAGAUGAUUAUCUGUGGUUCCAAAUCCAAUGCCAAACGCUCGGUUAUCGAGGCAAUUUCUCGCGUGGGCUUCCCAGUGAGAUAUGAUUUUUCCAAUGGUUUCGUUACGGAGAUCAUAUUGCGCCGCGAAUCAACUCCCCGCUUCAAAGUGAGCAUCCGGUAUGGUCCAUGGAUCGAAAGUGACGAAGACCUCCAAAACAGCAAGAUAUUCGUGCCCACCGUGUAUGGAAGUACUGACCAGUCGGUGUCACUGAUCGAGAAAGCCACCACAUUCAUCCGACCCUUUGCCUAUGAUGGCUUCUGUGUAGAUAUCCUUCAAGUCGAGGUUUCCGGUCCCGAUCAACCUGACUUGACCAUUAUCGAUAUGCCCAGACUCUACUUCACCGAAGGCAUCAACGAUCAAGAUGAACGAAAGAGUUUCGGCCGUCACUGCAUUGAGAAGUACGUGCUCAAUGCACGCAGCAUCAUCCUCCCUGUGGUUUCCGCCAAGAUCGACAUUUGUUCGCAGAAGAUCAACGAUUUUGCUGACAAGUAUGACCCGGACCGAAAGCGAAUCUUGGGAAUUUUUACCCAUCUCGAUACACUCGAGGCAUCCUCAGACGAGGAAAAGUUAUGGUUGAAGGCUAUUCAAGAAGCAACAACUGAACAGGCACUGGGCUUGCAUCUGGUGUCCACCCGAUCGUACGAGACACGCGAUGUGCCAGAGGAAGAUCGAGACCAGAAGGAGAAGGAGUUUUUCGAGCGAGGAGACUGGAAAACCGUGGCAAGACGAUACAUAGGAACUGACAACCUCCGUCGUCGACUGAGCACUAUUCUCGCCAAUCACAUUCAAAGCAGCCUCCCUGAUAUUAUCUCCGAGAUCGAAAAAACCAUCCUGGAUAACCAAGCCAGUUUGGCCAAGCUCAACGCACCUCGAGAGACUGCUCUGCAACAGCGAGCAUUGCUUGUCAAUCUCAGUAGUGCUUUCCAGCGCUUGACCGAACAGGCAUUGAGUGGAAUGUACACAGACGACUUCUUUGCUACCUCAGUGGAUGAUGGUAAUUCUAAGACCCUGGACCCUCGACGUCUUCGUUCUAUCAUUCGCCAAUUGAACAAGGAUUUUGCAGAUAUUAUGGAAGUUGCCGGGUGCCGUCGUUUCAUCCAUGGAUUCAACAAUCAGAUAACCGGGCUUGUACACCCUGGCAACCCUUACGCAAAUAUCAGAUGGCCUGAACACAAGAGCCGCGCAGACUUUGAAGUCGAGGUCCUCAAGAAAAUGCACGGUGGUCGAGAAAUUGAACUUCCAGGAAAUUUCAGGCAGCUACUGGUGAGUAGCCUGUUCCGAGAGCAGUCGCAGCCUUGGGAGGAAAUUGCUCGAGCCCAUUUGAUGAAAUCAUGGGAGACCACCCAGGAAUUUGUGUCGGCUCUACUGGGUAAUCUUACGGAUCAAGAGACAUCUCUGGCAAUCAUGUCGACUCUCAUUUGCCCCCGUCUUAACAAAAUGAAAGCAAAUCUACUGGCGAAGGUAGACGAGUUGACUGCUUCCAACAAGCGAGGUUAUCCGUUGCCUCUGAGUCAAAGCUUCCUUACGAAGAGGCAAAUAUCCGGUGAUGAUCACCUGUUUAAAACCCUCCAACAGAAACUUUCUUCUACAUUCACCAUUGAAGAGCUUAAGGCGGCCACUCAGGACAUGGAAUCUUCAACCAACUGGACCGCAGCCUCGGACAUCAUUGACCAGCUCCAAUCGCACUACAACGUGAGUCCGCCCAUAUCUCAUUACCGUGUAGAAGAUACUGACAAGAAACAGAAUGCUCUCCUAGUCUUCGUAGACAAUAUUGCUAUUCUUGCGAUCGAAAAUUGCCUUCUCGCCCCUCUGAAAGCUGUCUUCACCACUGAGACAAUCACGAGCAUGGAGGACAUCGAGAUUGAGGAGCUUUGCGAGGGUUUGCACCGUCGUGUGGCUAGGUCGAAGAGCGAGCUCACCGAUGAGUUGACGAAGUUGCAAAUUGGGUUGCUAACAUUGAAACAAUUCAAGAUCGCAAAGGAAAUCACGGCACCUACUGGAGCAAUCAAGCAGCCUGGAUCAGGCUCUGCUCAUGGGUCUUCAUCUCUCCAGUCGCUUGUCAUGCCUCAAGGGGUUCUAUGCAAUAGUGCAUCUACCAUUCCCUUUGGACUACUAUCCGUGGAUUCCGGAGUUCAGGGCCAGAACAGCACGGCCAGGUAUCAACUUUCAUGGCCGUACACCCCAGUGUCCGACAUGCAGACCUCACUCACAGUCUGCCCCAGUGGUCCAUUCGGCUUGAAUCCCGGUAUGGUCAAUGCUAGGACGGAGAGUGCUCCAUCUGCAUCUUUCCCUUUGAUGGACUCCAGCCAAAAUUCUGGAAAUCCCGGUGCAUUUGAACUGUCUGGGGCUACGCUGCCUGUUCCUCAAACAUCUACACCUAGCAUGUUCUGCUCUCGCCAGGCUCGGCCUGUUACAAACCUUGCACCACACACCCGAGACCACGAUCAGAAUUGGUACCGGGAGGACAAGGAAACCCGCGAUACUGGCAGCAUCCGCAAUCGAUGCCACUCAAUUUGUUUCCACGAGAAGUACAUCAAUUUCUCGCCAGAGGAGCUGCGAUUGGCUGACUAUGAGCUUGAUCGUGAGACAUUUUAA